AUGGUUACGGGACUCCCUCCAUCGCCUCAGCCCCCUCCAUCCCCUCAGCUCCCUCCAUCGCCUCGGCUCCCUCCAUCGCCUCAGCCCCCUCCAUCCCCUCAGCUCCCUCCAUCGCCUCAGCCCCCUCCAUCCCCUCAGCUCCCUCCAUCGCCUCAGCCCCCUCCAUCCCCUCAGCUCCCUCCAUCGCCUCGGCCCCCUCCAUCCCCUCAGUCCCCUCCAUCCCCUCAGCUCCCUCCAUCCCCUCAGUCCCCUCCAUUGCCUCAGCUCCCUUCAUCCCCUCAGCCCCCCUCCAUCGCCUCAGCCCCCUCCAUUGCCUCAGCCCCCUCCAUCCCCUCAGCCCCCUCCAUUGCCUCAGCUCCCUUCAUCCCCUCAGCCCCCUCCAUCGCCUCAGCCCCCUCCAUCCCCUCAGCCCCCUCCAUCGCCUCAGCCCCCUCCAUCCCCUCAGCCCCCUCCAUCUCCUCAAUCCCCUCCAUAGCCUCAGCCCCCUCCAUCCCCUCAGCCCCCUCCAUCGCCUCAGCCCCCUCCAUCCCCUCAGCCCCCUCCAUUGCCUCAGCUCCCUUCAUCCCCUCAGCCCCCUCCAUCCCCUCAGCCCCCUCCAUUGCCUCAGCUCCCUUCAUCGCCUCAGCCCCCUCCAUCCCCUCAGCCCCCUCCAUCCCCUCAGUCCCCUCCAUCCCCUCAGCCCCCUCCAUCUCCUCAAUCCCCUCCAUAGCCUCAGCCCCCUCCAUCCCCUCAGCCCCCUCCAUUGCCUCAGCUCCCUUCAUCCCCUCAGCCCCCUCCAUCCCCUCAGCCCCCUCCAUUGCCUCAGCUCCCUUCAUCCCUUCAGCCGCCUCCAUCGCCUCAGCCCCCUCCAUCUCCUCAGUCCCCUCCAUCCCCUCAGCCCCCUCCAUCCCCUCAGCCCCCUCCAUCUCCUCAGUCCCCUCCAUCGCCUCAGCCCCCUCCAUCGCCUCAGCCCCCUCCAUCCCCUCAGUCCCCUCCAUCCCCUCAGCCCCCUCCAUCGCCUCAGCCCCCUCCAUCCCCUCAGCCCCCUCCAUAUCCUCAGCCCCCUCCAAUGCCUCAGCUCCCUUCAUCCCCUCAGUCCCCUCCAUCGCCUCAGCCCCCUCCAAUGCCUCAGCCCCCUCCAUCCCCUCAGCCCCCUCCAUCCCCUCAGCCCCCUCCAUCGCCUCAGCCCCCUCCAUCUCCUCAGUCCCCUCCAUCCCCUCAGCCCCCUCCAUCCCCUCAGCCCCCUCCAUCUCCUCAAUCCCCUCCAUAGCCUCAGCCCCCUCCAUCCCCUCAGCCCCCUCCAAUGCCUCAGCCCCCUCCAUCCCCUCAGCCCCCUCCAAUGCCUCAGCCCCCUCCAUCCCCUCAGCCCCCUCCAUCCCCUCAGCCCCCUCCAUCGCCUCAGUCCGUGACAUUUAUAAGUGCCUGAAACCGCCCGGGGCCCCGCAGCCGCUGAGGGGACUGUGGACGACCCGGGGCCCCACAGCCGCUGAGGGGACUGUGGACGACCCGGGGCCCCACAGCCGCUGA